AUGGAGCGGCGCUGUUGGGACCGGGGCUCCAGCAGGAUGGGCCGGGCACACCCAGGUGUGGUGACACGAGUGUCACUGUGGGUGCCCGGUGCCCUCAGCUUCGUCUCUCUCGGCCCCAAGCACCGUGACAUCAGCCAGGUGGUGGCCGAGGAGCUGCUGGCAAAGGCUGGGCGGGACGGCUCCUUCCUGGUGCGGGACAGCGAGUCGGUGAAGGGCGCAUAUGCCCUGUGCCUCCUGUUCCAGAGGCACGUCUACACCUACCGCAUCCUCCCCGAUGAGGAGGGGCUGCUCUCCGUGCAGACCAUCCAGGGCAUCCAAGCCAAGUGUUUCCGCACCCUCCCCGAGCUGAUCGGUGCAUACCAGCACCCCAACAAUGGUGAGAUCGACUUCACGCUGGCGGGUCUGGAGACCCUGGCCAGGGUGUUCGACUCCCCUGUGUCCCCUCGCAGCCCGGCCAGGGAGCAGGGCUUCCUGAGCAGCGACCCAGACCUGGAGCUGCUCCUCAGCAAGAUCUCCACUGUCAACCACCUCCUGUCUUCGCUGGAGAAGAAGGUGCUGAAGUCACUGCAGGAGAUGGUGACAAGGCACAACCUGGCCCUGCCCAGCGUGGCCAUGUCCCCCUUGCCAGCUGCUAGGCCCCUGGCCGUGCAGAACUUCGAGGUGAAGGUGGGCAAGUCGCAGCGUGCAGGCCUGGUGGUGGACGUGGAGUCGGGGACAGUGACUGUCACCAAGCGGGGCAGUGGCUCCCCUGAGGAGGUGAUCCCACAGGAUAAGAUCCUGCAGUUGAUCAAGUACCAGAGCGUGCAGAGCAAGGUGAGGCUGGUGUGUGCCCGUGAGAACCAGAAGAGCCUGAGCAGAGAUUUCAUCUUCCCCAACGCCCGGAAGCGAGAGGCUUUCUGCCAGCUGCUGCAGCUGAUGAGGAUCCAGCACUCCAACCUGGAUGAGCCUGAGAUCAUCUCGGUGUAUGUCGGGACUUGGAACAUGGGUGGCCCUGCAGUGCCUGUGGAGCAUCAAGAUCGUGGUGCUGGUGAAGCCGGAGCACCAGCGGUGCAUCAGCCACGUCCACACCUCCAGCGUGAAAACCGGAAUUGCCAACACGCUGGGGAACAAGGGAGCUGUGGGCGUCUCCUUCCUUUUCAAUGGAACCUCAUUUGGCUUUGUCAACUGCCACCUGGCCUCUGGCAGCGAGAAGACCCACAGGCGUAACCAGAACUACAGUGACAUCCUGCACUCCCUGGCUCUGGGGGACAAACGUCUGGGGGGCUUCGACCUCACCCUGCGCUUCACCCACCUCUUCUGGUUCGGGGACCUCAACUACCGCCUGGACAUGGAUGUGCAGGACAUCCUCACCCACAUCGUCAAGAAGGAGUUUCAAGCCCUCCUGGCUGUUGACCAGCUCAACCUGGAGCGAGAGAAGAACAAAGUGUUCCUGCGGUUCAGUGAGGGUGACAUCUCCUUCCCUCCCACGUACCGCUACGAGCGGGGCACCCGGGACACCUACGUGUGGCAGAAGUCCAAGCCCACAGGGAUGAGGAUCAAUGUCCCCUCGUGGUGUGACCGCAUCCUAUGGAAGUCACACCCGGAGACCCAUGUGGUCUGUAACUCCUACGGCUGCACUGAUGACAUCGUGACCAGUGACCACUCACCUGUCUUUGCCACCUUUGAGGUGGGAGUGACGUCUCAGUUUGUGCCCAAGGAGGCUCCUGGCUCCGGCCCCGAGGCGCUGGCCUGCAUCGAGUGGGAGAGCAUCGAGGUGAUCCUGAAAACCACGAGCCGUAGCAAGUGCUACAUCGAGUUCCACUCCUACUGCCUGGAGGAGGUGCAGCGGAGCGGGGAGAACACCUUCCAGAACUGUGACAUCCCCGGGUUCCUCAAGCUGGGCUGGUCCUCCAAGCAUCUGCCUGUGCUGAACCCCAUCCUGCCCGACCUGGAGUACCUGGGGGACCAGCACCUGCUCCUCAGCAUCAAGGGCGUGGAGAGCUGCGAGUCCUACG